UGGGCGUGUCCCCGUUAGGGGCGGGGUCUCCUCAGUCCGCUCAGUGGGUGCGAGGGGCGGCUGCUGUUGCUGCUGCUGAUAUCGGCGCGUUACCUGCGCGCUCCGACGUGGUACAGGUGCACGCGCGGGGCCUGUGCGAGGCCGCGGCCGAGGGACAGGAGGAGGCGGGGCGGUGACGCAGGCGGCGGCGGUCCCGGGCUCCUCCGUGUCAUAGGCAGCAGCAGUCUCCAAGCGAAAGGUGGACGGCAGCGAAGGUGUCGGUGAGAGGGAGACCUCAGCGGCCAUGAUGAACCGGAGUCACCGGGCGGCGGGAAGUAGCGGCAGCAGGUCGCUGGAUAUGGUGGAGGUUAAAAGCAAGUUUGGGGCAGAAUUUCGGCGUUUUGCUCUGGAAAGGUCAAAGCCGGGAAAGUUCGAAGACUUCUAUGGAUUGUUGCAACGUGUCCAUAAAAUCCCAGAUCUGGAUGUAGUGGUGGGAUAUGCAGACAUUCAUGGUGACUUGCUACCCAUUAAUAAUGAUGAUAAUUACCACAAAGCGUUAACUACUGCCAACCCUUUACUGCGGAUAUUUCUUCAAAGAAAAGAAGAGGCAGACUACAGUGCCUUUGGCACAGACACUUUAACCAAAAAGAAGACUGUACUUUCGACAGUGUUGCGCCCAGAUAUCAACCGCAAGAAGCCACAUUUGGUUAUUGGUAUGCCUAGUGAUUUCAGGCCAGUUUCAUCGAUCAUUGAUGUUGAUAUUCUUCCUGAAACCCACCGCCGAGUUCGUCUCUACAAACAUGGAAUGGAAAAACCUCUUGGUUUCUACAUCCGCGACGGCUCCAGCGUCCGUGUAACGUCACACGGCUUGGAGAAAGUGCCUGGCAUUUUCAUAUCCAGACUUGUUCCUGGUGGAUUGGCUCAGAGCACUGGAUUAUUAGCAGUCAAUGACGAGGUUCUUGAAGUCAAUGGUAUAGAAGUUUCCGGUAAGAGCCUUGACCAGGUUACAGAUAUGAUGAUUGCUAAUAGUCACAACCUCAUCAUAACGGUGAGACCAGCGAACCAGCGGAAUAAUAUUGUACGGCACAGCACAAACUCUGGGAGCUCAGGGCAGUCCACUGACAGUAGCACAAGCAUGUAUGGCAAUGUCCCAUCAAAGCACAUAGUCCAGAACUACCACCCUGAGGAAGUGGAGAGCGAUGAGGAGGACAUAAUCAUAGAGGAGGAAGGGGAGCCACAGCAGAUUCCUAGGGCUGUGCCAUCCUCUGAGAGUCUAGAGUCUCUAACGCAGCUCGAAUCCUAUCCUGACUCAACGCAGAAUGGUUUUUUACAGUCAAACGCUUAUAAAAUGCACCUAACUACCAGUCGGGGCAGUCUGGACCAAAUUGGAAAUAGCCAUGAAACAAAAAUAUUGGAAGAAGAUGGUACCAUGAUUACACUGUGAAUGCCGGUCUGGUGGCUGCCUCAUUGCACAUUUUUAGCAUUUGAUCUAUGUGAAAUUCUCUGUGCAAUUGUCAUGUUUUGUUUUUUUUAAAGAAAAUAUGUUGUAAAGUCUAUUUUGUCCAUUGUAAUCUUAUUUCCCUCAGAGCUUACUAUUGUAUUUUUGUGAUAUGAAGGAAACUAAAAAAUAAUCAAAUGUUUUUUAAUGUUUUAAGUUUUACAUUCCAGAGAUGAACAACGAGCUCCAUUUGCAUUGGUGGGUUCUUAGCAUGUUGUUUAAUCUGACAUGUUGUCUGUCGGGUGUUCAGAAUGUGCCCCUGUGUAUUUUAAUAUUUCUUUAAAAUGUUUAAUAUUAAAUUCUAUUUUUGACUGAAGCAGGCUUUGCUGCCUUGCUGGUGUAUGGCCACUGACUGAGGGGAAUGCAUUGCAGAUUGCACAAUAAUUGUAACACUAUACUGCUGGGGAAGCACAUGGUUUUGGCGUGUGUUAUGACCAAUCUCUUAUGAUUUUUAUGAGCACACAAAAUAGUAAGCAAGGCACACAUAACUAAUGGUAGGGAAGGGCAAACUCGGCAUCCAUCUGGUGUCACUGAUUACUGAUGCCUCAUUCUGUAUUUUAAUGUAUAUAGAUACCUGGACUUGUUUUGCACAUAAGGGCAACUGGCUUGACCGUUAUAUAUAGAGGGAUUUUAUUUAGCUGUCCUGCUCUGCAUUGUCUGAAUAUUGCCUGAAAGUAGUCAUUUGGACCACGUGAUAAGCAUCACUGUAAAUGCGUACAUCAUAAGUUAAUAUAUGUAAUGCAAUGGGUUUUUGUUUUUUUGCAUUUAUGUAUUUUAUGCUCUAAUCUUGUGUAUGCCUUCAUAUAUAUUUCUACAUUUCCCCAGGCUUCUAUGUUUAUUUAUUUAUUUAUCCCUCCCCCUAACCCCCCUGGCCGUCCCCUUCUUUUCUUUUUUUUUUUUUUUUUUUUUUUUAAUGGCAAAUGCGUUUUUAGGUCAUUUUGUAUCACAUACACUAAAACCUGUAACUCCCUACACUGGAUAACUCGUAAAUAAAAUAACGGGCAUAGGA